ACAGGUUUGGCGCUUGGAGAGUCAUACAGCUUACACAGGGAUCAAAAGACUGCGCCUGGACCUCCAGUUGGACAUCUGUGCGCUUGGCUCUGGAGGUGACAGGCUGACUGCCAUGGACCCGCUGCUGCCCACAAAGACGGAGGUGAUGGAGCGAGAGACAGACCAGAAUUCGAGGAGGAAGAUCCAGUUCUCCGUGCCUUCGUCCGUGCCCACCCAGCUGGACCCGCAACAGGUGGACAUGAUUCGGCGUCGCAGGCCGACUCCAGCCACACUCUUCAGACUGACAGAUCCACCAUCACCAGAGGAGGACAGUGGGCUUCACCAGUGGGUCCUGGGGGAAAAUGGAGCCUUGAAAGCCAAACUGGUUCACGUGUCCACCUAUCAGCCACCCUCACUGAAAGAUGUCCAGACGAUGGCCCAGGCCCAACUGUCCUCCAUAGGCAGGAGCUGUGUGGACAGCCGCUCUUCUGGUGAGGAAGAGGAGGAAGGUGAGAAACGCAGCCAGCAGACAGACCCAGCUACAGAUAUAAGAGAAGAAAACAAAUCAUACAGGGAUCCGUGUGGUCUGUGGAGCAGCUUGACAAUAAGCCCUGAUCAGAGCCAUCACUACGGAGAUGAAAGGGAGGCCCAAGAAAGGCAGGAAGGAAAGGGAGAAUGACGAAAGAAGACGGCUGGAUGGAGACAGUGUUAGUGAGGAACCGAUUUGCAUAGCACGUAUAUGGGCCAUACGUAUGCGUGGAUGGGUGUAUGUACUGUAUGAGUGUGCGUUAUGGAUUUGUGAGCGUGUGUAUUCAUGCAACAAAAAAGUUGAAUGUAGAAAAGAGAGAGGAAAAGAAUGUUAAUGACCAGGUAUAAGGAAAUGCUUAACCUGAGACGUGAAGUAAAUCACAUCUUGUUCAGCCAAAGACACCGAACAAGAAAUAUGAAAACUACUGAGAACUGCAGUAUUUUCUCAUGCAUUUUUUUUUUUUUUUUUUUUUGUUCAACGAGAUUCAUGAUAUCAGUGUGUGCUCUGAAACUUUCUCCUUAGUCGAUUUUUAUUUGUGUGGAAAAAUACAAUUUACAAUUACUGUAUCUGCCAAGUGCACAUCUUGUACAGGGCAUUUUAUUAAAUGUGCUGAAACACACACCUUGUGAACAAUCAAAUACCAGAUGAUGUAUAUGGCAUUGAAACUGAGAGGUUCUGGGGAUAUACAGUAUACCCUAUAUUAAGUGAUACAGACGGUACUAUAACAGCAUAUUGGAGCACAGAACUAAACCUACAUAACACCCAACACGGGGCAUAUUGUGUUGCUUCUAUUGUUAAAGUAUACAUUGUGAGGUCCAGGAGGUCAAAGGAGGAUGGAUUACAGAUGAUCUGAGCACAGCAAAGCAGACUAAAUCAUUUCAGACUAAUCCAACUAAUCACAAUAAUGCAGCAGUUUUUCUGGUUUCAUUGGUAUGAACAGGCCUUUGGUAACAUGGCAAUUAACAAAUAUGAUCUGUUUGAGAUUCUGAACUGAAUCGAGACCUAUAUUGUCUAUAUAUAUUUAUUUAGAAUGAGUAUGAAGGUCCAUUCCUGACCCUGCAGAUAUGCAGUAGGAUGUUCUGUGUUGCUAAUAAAUGAAAUAUAAUGCACUG